AGGCAACCCACCAUACGCCACUCUAAAAUCAGCUGCUGCUGUAGUGUAAAAGUGAGCCGGCACGUCAAAUUUUGCACAUCCCUCUUCUUGGUCUGAACCGGAGCCCUGCAGUCUUAUUGUGCUACUUAGGUCAAAAGAGUACAUUUUAUAGAUUUUCUGUGUUAAUGAGAGAGAUUUUCUUCAAUUUGUACAUAUUUUCACAUUCGGGGAGUUUCAAUUUUAAUGCAAGACGAGAUAAAUGCAGUCUGUAAAUCCCCAUUACCCAGUUCCCAAAAACCGUCAACAAUUCGCCGUGCGUCUACUUCAGAGAUGUUAUUACACUUGUAUCGACAAUCGUGGACAAAAUUUUCCACCUGCCAUGCCGAAAACAUUAAAACCACUCGCAAUAAGCAAAUGUUUUUCGAACAACAUCGAAGAAACGAACCAAUCGAUGCAUAUCGAAACAUCUCCAUACUUCCUCCAUUCCAGUGAACUCAAGAAGUGCCAUAAAACAGCUUCAACAAACGAAAUCACCGAAGUGUCUUCGUACUUCCAAACUGAUAAGCAACCAACCAGUUGUAACUGUUUCAUCUACUCAAAGCAAAACCAAAAGGAAAGUGUGGAUUCUCCAUAUUUUUAUCUGGACUACUCGGGCAGUAUAAUCGAGACCAAAAGAAAAAAGGCAAAAAGAAAAUUAGGGCCUCAAUUAAAAGGAUUUUCGGAAUGUGAUCAAGAAGAAGCCGCCAUGCUCCAAAUGGAAAUGGAACUGACUGUGAUGAAACUGGAAGGAAAACUUAGAGAAUCUGAAGACUUAAGUGGGUUCAGUAACAAUGAUAUUGCAAAAUCAGCAACGAUAUGUAGCCAUGCUAAGAAUGUUAUCAAGCAAUUUACUAGGAAACAACUACCCUUUAAAGGUUUUAGCGAAAAAGACCAAAACAAACCAAUAAAGCAUGUAACAACCAUAUUCUCUGCAUGUGACAAAAUUAAAAAUCAAAUUUAUAAAACCAUAGACAAAAGGGUGCUGGCCAAUUACAAACUGGAGACUGAAAAGAAGCAAAAGGUCGUACGCUCCAGGUACUGGAGAGAGUGUACGGCUAGUUACCCCAUUGUCAAAUCCGAGCCUAACAUGCUUAUUGGUUGGAAUCAGGAAAUCAAAAAAGAAAAAAUCAAAGAUGAUGAAGUUGAUAGAGAACUAGCAAUAAUAUCUCAAAUUCAGAAGCUCCACCAAGAGCUGGUGCAAAUCAGAAAAAAGAAAUACUCCUUCAGUGUGGACGACAUCAAGCAGCAAAGCCCUUUCUGUCAAACGAAGCAUGAACUCGUCAUUCCACCCUUCGUACCCCCAAAAUCUCCACAUCAUCUUCUGGAGGAAGAUUUGUACCAUAAUCCGUGGGCUUUGCUGGUCGCCACGAUAUUCUUAAAUAAAACAUCCGGCAGGUCCGCUAGGCCCUACGUGUUCUGGUUUCUCGAAGAAAAUCCCGAUCCGUUUACGGUUAUUAGCAAGAAAGUUGACGAGUUGGAAAGUUAUUUUGGGGCUCUUGGUUUGCAAAGGACUAGAGCUAUACAGGUUUGGAAAAUGUCCCACGACUUCCUUUACAAAAAUUGGACAAAAGCCAGAGAACUAUUUGGUAUCGGGAAAUACGGAGACGAGGCCUUCAGGAUGUUUUGCUUAGGGGAUUUUACGUUUCAGCCCAGCGACCGAUACCUGAAGAUUUACAAGGCGUGGUACGAGAUGCAAGAUAAAGAGAUGAGACUAAGAGAGAUGAAUAACUAAUAAUUUAUGAAAAUCUUUUCAUUUGUGUAUGUGUUGUUUUUAAGUAGCUGGCCUAUUGCAGCGAAUGAGUAUUAUUUAUUUUAAGAAUUUUAUAUUUUUUGGUUCUUAUACAGUUCCUAAAAAACGGUUCCUAUGUAAAAGUAUGAGUGUUUUAUUGCAUGAGGAUCUGUAUUGGGUCUUUUAGUAUUUAUGUUUAAAAAUACCGGAAAUGGACACAAUUAUACAGUUUUUUUCAUACA